AGUGCUUCGGGGGGAGCAUCCGAUGGCGUGCGGCGGAGUCCGGAGCUCCUUGAAAGUGUCCCCUGGGGUAAGCCUACGGUUGACAAUGUGGUCUCAACAAAUCCUACUGUCAUACACGUUCGAACGCUGUUUGUAGUAGUACAUUUCGAUCAUACUGGGUUUCUUUCCGCCGCUCGUAACACUCUCCUAGUUCUCGCCUUCAAGAUCAAGACUACUGGAUCACACGGUCAAACCAUGUCUGCUCGGCCGCCUUCUGUUUCUCAGCCCGCUCCCUCUCGAUGUUUUUCGUUCUGCGCAAGCGCGUGAAGGUGCUUUCGCCGGGGAGGAUCGUCACCUCCUUUCCAUAGUAUACCUCAGGUUUGGCCUGCAGCUCGGCCCGCUCCUUGCGAAUCUCGCGCAGCCGUUUGUCGAGCAGCCCAUGGCCACCGACGGGGCCCCAGUACGUUAUCCCGGCCAGGGAGCCGAUGAUGCUGCCGCGGGGUCAGUCAACACUGCGGCGGAGGAGCGAGGCAGAAAAACGACGGACCAGACUCCCGUGAGGAUCGAGAGGUAGAAGCGGUACUGAGCGUACCAUUUGGGUGCUGUCUCAUGAAUCCGCCCACCACAACGUGGUGAACCCGGCCCACUGCGCGCAGAGCGCCAUCGUCGGGUCCAGCGCAAGCGUCGGCCACGCGAACAGGACGGGCGCGACGCCCAGCAUCAGCCGGCGGUUGCCCUGGUACCCGCCGUACCCGGCGAAUUCCAUGCCCCAGUGCAGCGCGCCGAGGAAGGAGAGCAUCACCGCGCCGUAGGUGACCUGGAGGUUGAGCGCCUCGUUGAGGACGUUGAGGGCGGUGCUGUGGUCGAUGGUCGAUGUCGCGAGAGUGGCUUCGCGCGCGAGGUAGACGGUUGUUGCGGCCGCUCCGAUGUACGGGAUCCCGCC